AUGUCCUUAUUAAACAAAAAUGUUGUUAAAUUAAUUAAAAAAGUUUGGUCCUUUGAAGAAGCUUUUGAAAUAUUUAAAAUGCCCUUUCCUAAUUUGAUUAAAGAAGCCCAAUUAAUUCAUUCAAAACAUCACAAUCCUUGUAAAAUACAAAUUAGCGCCCUUUUAAGUAUUAAAACUGGUGCUUGUCCAGAGAAUUGUUCUUAUUGUCCACAAUCGAGUUUUUAUAAAACUGACAUUAAGAAGGAGCCUUUAAUGGAUUUGGAAAAAGUAAUUAAAGCAGCUAAAAUAGCAAAAGAAAAUGGUGCUACUAGAUUUUGUAUAGGUGCAGCAUGGCGUGGACCAAACAACAGGGAUUUAGAAAAAGUUUGUGAAAUGAUAGAAAAAGUAAAAGAGUUAGGAUUAGAAACAUGUGCAACACUUGGACUUAUUAGAAAUGAUAAACAAGCAGAAAAACUUAAGCAAGCUGGUAAAUAAUAAAAUAAACUAUUAAAUAUAAAGGGGAUCACCCAGAAUAUCGACGCCCAAAUAUCACCAC